GCUAUAGUCGCUCUUUUGUCAGGGUGAAAACAACGAAGAAUCGAGCGAGAGAGAGAGAGAUGGGAGGAGAAGAAACCCUAGUACAUCGAGGCUCGCUUGCUGCUCCUCUAAUCUUCAUGAUCGUCAUCAGCUUCCAGCUCCUCUCCAGGUGGCUCGAAUACUUAAAAAAGAAAGGAUCCAAGAGUGCAGUGGUAAUCCAGUUGCGUGAAGAGAUAAAUCAACUACUGAAAGAAGCGAGCUCCUUGUCACAGCCAUCAACAUUCGCACAAGCUGCAAAACUUAGGAGGUUAGCAGCUGCCAAGGAGAAGGAACUUGCAAAUUAUCAAGAAUUACAGAGCAAGGAAAUGAAAAUGUCAUAUGAUUUGUAUCUGAAAGUUCUGUUUCUUACUAAGGUUUUGACAUAUUUUCUGCUCAUUUGCUGGUUUUGGAGGGUUCCCGUUGCCUCUAUAUCUCAGCAACUUGUACAACCCUUUGGGAGGAUGUUAUCUUGGAAGGCUGGAGGUACCUUAAACAACAAUGUUAUGGUUGGGAUAAUACCUUGGUUAAUAAUAUCCACUAGAGUAAGCAAAUUUGUUUGCCGACUUGCCAAGUAGAAAAAAAUGGUACUGGUGAUUACUAUCUUCUUACUCAGAAAAUGUAUAAUUUUUGUUUUAUGAAUUUCAAGGAAGAAAAACAAUUUCGUAUCCAUUUCCAGUAACAAUGUACAUUAUAUUCUUUAUUGAAUUAAUUAUUUGUCUUGUAUAUAUAUAUAUUCAGAUAAUGGAGAGUAGUUAAUAAUAAAUUAGUCUUGUAAAAA